AUGGCGACGACUCUCCGAGCCUGUAGAGCGCCAUUGCGCCAGUUCAUCGCCCGUCCCACUGCUUCUCUGGCCACAAACCGCCCCAGAUUAAGGCGGGGCUAUGCGACAACCGUGGAGGCACAGCAAAAGGUGCUGUCACAAGACCUCGAGCAAGCUGAUCCCACAGUAUUCGAGAUUAUCAACAAGGAGAAGAACCGCCAGAAGCAUUUUAUCAACCUGAUUCCAUCGGAGAACUUCACGUCACAGGCCGUGCUCGAUGCCCUGGGCAGUGUUAUGCAGAACAAGUACUCGGAAGGCUACCCUGGCGCAAGAUACUACGGUGGUAACGAGCACAUCGACGAGGCUGAGCGGUUAUGCCAGGAAAGAGCGCUCAAAGCUUUUGGCCUGAGCCCGGCUGAGUGGGGCGUCAACGUACAGCCUCUCUCUGGCUCUCCCGCAAAUCUCUACGCCUACUCCGCCGUUCUCAACACCCAUGACCGCAUCCUCAGUCUCGAUCUCCCACAUGGCGGCCACUUGUCGCAUGGCUACCAGACACCAACCAAGAAAAUCUCUGCCGUUUCAAAAUACUACGAAACCCUCCCAUACAGGCUCAACGAGAAGACUGGCAUUAUCGAUUACGACAAGAUGGCGGACCUGGCACACCUGUACAGGCCCAAGGUCAUUGUGGCGGGCACAUCUGCAUACAGCCGACUGAUCGAGUACGAGCGCAUGCGCAAGGUGGCCGAUGAGGUUGGCGCAUACCUUCUCUCUGAUAUGGCUCAUAUCUCGGGUCUUGUCGCUGCUGGCGUCAUCCCAUCGCCGUUCCCCCACUCUGACAUCGUCACCACCACUACCCACAAAUCAUUGCGCGGCCCCCGCGGCGCUAUGAUCUUCUACCGCAAGGGCGUGCGGAAGGUGGAUAAGAAGGGAAACGAAGAGAUGUACGACCUGGAGGGACCGAUUAAUGCGUCCGUGUUCCCAGGUCACCAGGGAGGACCUCACAAUCACACCAUCACUGCCUUGGCGGUUGCGCUUCAACAAGCACAAAGCAAAGAAUUCAAGGACUACCAGCAGCAGGUCCUCGAGAAUGCAAAGGCGCUCGCCCAACGACUAGGCGACUCCAAGGAGAACGGCGGUCUGGGAUACAACAUAGUCAGUGGAGGCACAGAUAAUCACUUGGUCCUUGUCGACCUCAAGGACCGAGGGGUAGACGGUGCACGUGUCGAGCGCGUCCUUGAGCUCGUUGGUGUAGCCUCGAAUAAGAACACUGUUCCUGGGGACAAAUCAGCCAUGAAGCCAGGCGGUCUACGCAUCGGAACCCCCGCCAUGACCACACGCGGCUUUCAAGCUGAGGACUUCAAGCGCGUCGCUGACGUAGUGCACCGCGCCGUGGGCAUCACGCAGAAGCUCGACAAGGAAGCCAAGAAGAAAGCAGAAGAGAGCGGUCGCAAAGCACCCGCCAGCGUCGCAGCAUUCAAGGAGUACGUCGGUGAAGGCCAAGACAUCACCGACAUCGUACAGCUACGGAAGGAGGUCGAGGACUGGGUAUCCACCUUUGCUCUGCCCUGGGACAAGGCACAAUAG